CUUGACGUGCGCCGGAAAUGACGACGCCCAAAGUCCCAUACAGCCGCUGUUUGCAUCUGAUGUUGCUACACUGACCUCCUUUUUCGCAGAAUACAGAACAAUUCACAAACAGAAAAACUACCAGCCACCGCCAUGGCCACACUCAUCCGCCCCCCGCCCGCCGACCACUCCCAGUCGGCCAUUGAGAACGUCCUUGAACUGACGCAACUGGCCGACAUUGAUCCUAACAUCUUCACAAACACUCGCCCCCUAUGGCAUCCUCCCGGUGCGCGCGGUAUCUUCGGCGGCGCUGCCAUUGCCCAGACACUCAGCGCCGCCCAGAAGACAGUUGACCCCGACUUCACUGUGCAUUCGAUGCACUGCUACUUCAUCCUUGCCGGCAACUCUGAGAUACCUGUCAUAUAUCAUGUAGAAAGGGUGCGCUCAGGAAAGUCGUUCGCAACCAGGACAGUGCAGGCCCGGCAAAGGGGCAAGGUCAUCUUCACCACAACCAUGAGUUUUGUUCGCCAGAACAGUGGAGGCGCCCAAAAGGUUGAGCACAUCUACCCCAUGCCGGACGUCCCGGCGCCCAAAGAAGGGAGUGACGACUUGAGGACGCCCAACGAUGGCCAAAGUCCCUUUCAGACCCAACUGUUGCCCAUUGAAAAUGACGACUCCGACAAGCCCCACACCAAGAGAUGCCGACAAUGGAUAAAGGCUCGCGGUAAAAUCUCUCCCACUGGCGGUCACGAAGCCCAUCUCUCCGCUAUCGCAUACAUGUCCGAUAGCUACUUCAUCGGCACCGUCGCACGUGCGCACAAGCUCCUGCGCUACUCGAACCAGCGGAAGAGCAGGGCCAGGUCAAGCAUCGACGAGGACGUACUCAAGAAGCUGCUCGAGAUGGAUGACGCCGAGCUCCAGCGCCAAAGCUUUGUCAAUGAAUCAGAUAAGCAGCGCAUACGUGAACUGAGGAAAGCAGAGGACCUGGCAAAGAGCGGAGAGGCAAAGCCCGAGAUUGGCAUGAUGGUCAGUCUAGACCACACUAUCUACUUCCACAAUCCGCGCAGCUUCCGCGCGGACGAAUGGAUCUUCACCGAGAUGGAGACCCCUUGGGCUGGUGAUGGCCGUGGCCUCGUUUCCCAGAGAAUGUAUACCAAGGAUGGCACGCUCAUCGCCAGCUGCGUCCAAGAGGGCGUUAUACGAUUGAAGCAGAACGAAAGUAAGCUAUAGCCGUGACCGUGUGUAGAUUGCUCGUAUGCCCGUGUAUUCUGAUUCGAUUGACUUUUAUGCCGCCGCCUUUCACUUGACCUCGUCGGAUUAGACUCCGCCAUUUGUAUUGUUUUAGUAGCUAUAGAUUUGGAAGUUUGAAACACACGUACCUCAGGUAUACAUUCUUAAAUACAAAGUUUCUC